AUGAUACGCGCCGGUUUUGAUAAUCGAGACAUUGUGGCUGCUGCUCAGUGCGCUCUUAACACUGUGAAGACAGUUCGGGAGGAGUUGGAGGAAUGUGAGGGGGAUGUAAAGUCUGUGGCAAGCCGGAAGCCACACAGGAAGCGAUCGGACGUGGCUAGGUCACCGGAAUUCGUCAAGGAACUGCAGAAGAAGGUGCGGAAGGACCGUGGUAAGGGAAUUCGGUCUUUGGCCAGGGAGAUGAACGUCGGAGUGACCACAAUGAAGCGCGCACUGAACGAGGACCUCCGCUACCACUCCUACAAGAGGCGCAAGGGACAGCUUCUCACUGACGAAGCUCGGAAGAACCGCCUGAAGAAGGCAAAGAAACUUCUGAACAAGGUGAAGCAUCCUGUCGAGCCAGGCACUCUCUGGUUCUUUUCCGACGAAAAGAACUUUUGUCAGGACCAGUUGCAAAACGCGCAGAAUAACAGGUGGCUUGCUGUCAGCCCUCACGAAGUCCCCCGGGUCAUGAAGACGAAGUUUCCCCAGACGGUGAUGGUCUUCGGCUGCGUCUCCAGCGACGACGACGUCAUGCGCCCUCACAUCUUUAAGGAAGGCCUCCGCCUCAACUCAGAUGGAUAUGUGGAGCUGUUGAGCAAGGCCGCGCCCGAGCAGUCACCACCGGCCACCUACUUCGAAUCGGUGCCGGAAAUGGUGAAGUACAUGGCCCAGGAGGUGGCCGGCACCGGCCGCAGCGUCACCAUGGACCGGUUUUUCACCUCGGUGCCGCUGGUGGAGGAUUAG